GGUCACAUAUUUCAGCAUCCUGCCUAUUACUCUCUUCAUAUCAGUGUCUUACUUCAAUAUCUAGUGCUUGGCGGCAUAUGCGCAAGGUACUACAAUGGCGCUGCAUUCCUUUCCCAUAGCCAUCGUCCCUACCUGUCACCGGCUAGGCUAUCUAUGAUAUUAGACCACUCCAUUGCGAACGAGGCUCCAUAUGUAUUUUGUCUUAAUAUAAGAACUAGUGUAUUUGUAUGUACGCCCAUAUUUCAUACCACUAAAUGAUCCGCUUCGCACUCUUUUCAAAUUCAUGCACCAUCCUACGGUGUUCAUACAACUCUACGAUGAUAGCAGACAAUAUUCCAAGACGGCCAAAGGUGCAAGUAGUGCCAUGCGUAAAGAGGCGUUACGCGCGAGGACAGUACACAGAUAUGGGAGAAGGUAACUGCUGCUCUGAAUGCAGCCGUGGAGCUUCGAAGGAUCAAAAAUCAAUACUGAAGCUUGCGCCUAUGCUAUCUAGCGGAGAAUGCAAAUCGAUCAUCUUUGGCCCUGCUUCCCAGCAAGGAUUACCUCUACGAGUGAACCGGAUCUACGGCACAGUCAGAUUCAAGGCGACCAUACCAGGAAGCAAUGGCGACAGUCCACAACCAGUAACCUGCGAUAUUCCCGUCAAUGGCCUCUUCGAUGAGCAGAACAACCCAGUUGUGCAAAAACUCUUCGAAAUUGUCGACAGACACUUUGUUCCCAAGAUUGUUGGACAAACGCAACAGGACUGCGGAUUGAUAGCGUAUGCUUGCCGCGGAUUCGGUCUUUGCAAGCUUCUCAUAAUGGCUCAAUAUGCACAGUUUCCGUGUAGCGACCUCCAGUCGGAUUUUAUCUGGAUUGUAGUUCAGCAAAUCGAUAAGCAGCUGCAAAUGUCUCUACUCAAAGUGCGGUCCGGCUCACUGAUAAUCGACGAAGAAUCAAGCUCACAGCUGAUUAUAUGGUACUACGCCAUGAGCAAGCUAAAACGAUCUAUGAAGUGUGCCAAACAUGGCCAAUCUGCCAACUUGUUUGGGAGCCGUCAACUUUUUGAGCAUGUCUGGUGUUGGGUUGGCCAUGUCUGGGAAGAACUCAGCAACCGUUGGAAGACAGCUUGCCGACAACAAGACGACUUCUAUAAAGGAUUCAAAACUGCACACGAAGAAAUAGCGAAACUGGUGCAUAACUUCACGAUAUAUUUUGAAAUGUCGAUGUGGGAGUUGUCAGCUGAACCGAGCCAGCCAGGCGAUUAUAAUGGAUUUCAUCGGUUUGGGCCACCGACAGACUGGGCCCUCAUACAACAACAGACCAUGUCACCUGCCAGAGAAGCCUACGGCGAAGCACCGAUUGCCUUUUCUGAUUAUCAAAACCCCGCCCAUGACUUAGCCACCACACCAAGCUGUGACAUAUAUGGUGCAGGCUUGAAUCCACUCGGGCUAGAUGGUAACUAUCACCCGCCGUUCAACGCCGCGGCAAUCUGGUACCGCGAUAGCAAUCAGGGCUAUAUAUACCCCAAUGCAAGUUAUCACAACCAGUACCCUAGGAAUUUUCAAACCCUUCAGGUAGGGUACGACUCUUUGCCACUAGAUAACCAUGCCCCCUUUUCCACAAGGGGGCAAACGAUGGGCGCUUCUCCGAUAAUCUUCAUUCCCGAAAGUCAUUUCUCUACUCAAGGCACCCCAUUCUACCAACAGCCAUUUAUUCAGAUACCUACGCAGUCUGAGUAUUCGCCGCAGAUGCUAUUAGAUAAUAGUAUCAAUUAUACGUUAUGCGGAGAUGCAAAUGCCACGCCUGGAUGCACUGGGGAAGUAGAUUUUCUCUUCUCUAGGAUGCAUCAUCGCGACUGGCCACUGUAUUAUUCUACAGCCCCAAUUUACCCCCACCAUCCACCUGGACUGUGAUUCUGUACUCUAUGUGUUCUCCUGCAUCUGGAGUCACUCUAUAGAGUACUGUAGCCACAUUCCUCCCUCACUUCCUUCCGACCGCCUACCUUCUGUCCUCGCCACAGACUCUAUUUCGCCCUCUCCAUCGCCAAGGAGUGUUUUGAUAUUCUGAGCUGGUCUCCUGCAUCUGGAGCUACUCUUCCGAAUACCACAACUACACUCCGGGAACAUUCACUUGUGUCCCCAUUGGUCUUUAUUGCUUCGAGCCUUGCUCACGACCUCUGAUUUUCCUUUACGAGUGUUCUUCUGUAUCUGGAGUCACUCUUCCGGGAAUUAAACCCACAUUCGUUCUGUGUUGGUUUCAAGCUAGAGAUUUAGUUUCGAAGUGUUCUUAGUUGACGACGAACUUGCGUUUGAUGUAUCUCAUAGGUUCUUGUCAGGCGUCAUUUACUGCUUAUUUCAUCUUUCUUAGUUGUUGAAGAUACGUUUGGUAUAUCUCUUAGGUUCUUGUCAGUCGUCGUUUACUGCUUAUUACAUCUCUCUCAGUUGUUGAAGAUACGUUUGAUAUAUCUCUCAGGCUCUUCUCAUCGGUUUUCUAUUACUUGUAGCUCUGGUUAUUGAAAUUUACACUUGGCAUACCUUACUAUUUAUGAUACUUGAAAUUGUGACGGCUUUGCAAUUCCGCGAUGUCCCAUCUCAAUAUAUGUAGAAGGAAACACAUCAACACCUCACACCGCACGCCAUUUCACUCACUUUCUCCACUUCAGGUCUAAACACAGA